CGCAUAUAAAGCUGAUCAAGACUUACAUAACUCUUUUUUAUCAGGAUUUUUAAAGUAAAAGUAGCACUGAACAAAGACUAUGGACCAGGGAGCACAUCAAACUGUUUCCCGUUCAAAUUGAAACCAGUUGACUACUUCCACAGACAAUGAUGAAACUGAGGUUAUGGAUACGGGGGUUGUGUGGGCACUGCGCAGUAACAGUCUUGUUGCUUAGCAUGGAUCUCCGCAAAAACGGGCCUCCUUGUACUAUUUUCAUCAGAUAACCUAAGAAGUAAAUACAAUUAGAGGCAAUGACGACAUUAACUAACUCCUAUCACUGUAAUGAUGAUGAACAUAUAGUGAUAUUGAAAAUACAGCUGUAUUCAUGUCUCAAAAGUCAAAAGUAUGCGAGAUUUGGAGGAAGUAUGCGAGAUCAGAAACAGAAACUUCUGGGAUCUCAACCCUGCAAACGCGGGAAGCUGGAUUUGGAGGAAGCUGUGCAGAUUAAGACCGCUUGUUAGACCAUUCAUCGUAUGCAAGAUUGGGUCGGGUGAGAGAGCAAGUUUUUGGUAUGAUAAUUGGACUGGUCUAGGACCACUCCUUGAUAUUGCUAGUUCCAAUGCACCUCAGGUUGUUGGUCUUCCCCUUCAGGCGGUAGUGAGGGAUGCAGGUCGGGGGCAAGACUGGUGGCUCACUACCAGCCGCAGUCGUAACCCCAUUAUCAUCCUUCUUAAAAAUGCGCUGCCACCAGUUGGAGACAUGCUCCACUGUGAGCAUGAAGAUACGUAUCUUUGGAAGCCAGACCAGAAUCCACCCUCACACAUGUUCUCCAUGGCGAAGACUUGGUCAGCCUUGAAUCCCCAAGGUCCUCAAGUCCCCUGGUACAAGUCAGUGUGGUUUAAACACAGGGUGCCGAAGCAUGCGUUCAUUUGUUGGGUGGUGGCGUGGAAUCGACUACACACUAGGGACAGACUGCGGAGCUGGGGCCUCAACGUACCUGUCCUCUGCACUCUCUGUAACGCUCAUCCAGAAACCAGGAAUCAUCUCUUUUUUCAGUGUGACUUCGCCAAUGAAAUUUGGCGGUUCUUCACCAACAAGAUGGGUCUUCAAGCUCCAUCUCAGUUCAUACAUUGCCUUCAAUGGGUGCAUACUGUAUCCUCGAAUCCAAAUUUGGUUACAAUUCUCAAGUUAGCUUUCCAAGCCUCGAUCUAUAUGAUUUGGAAAGAACGCAAUCAGCGCAUCCAUUCCUCCAGUUCAAAAACCGCCUCUGUUAUCAUCAGGGAGAUCAAGACGAUCAUUCGAUCUCGUCUCCUACCGCUCUCAUCCGCUCCUUACUCACAAUCUCCGGGUCAAACCUUGCUCAUCACCUGGUUCAGUCUGUUUUUGUAAUAUUUAUUUUCGCAGGUCGCUAUCUUUUUUGUUGUUACGACCCUGCUCGGGAUUACAAUCCCUCGGUUAGGUAAG